AUGUUCAAAAAACCUUUUAAGCUUAAAUCGCAAAAUCAAUUAAAAAACUCAGAAAAAAAAAAAUUUAUUAAUGAUAUCAGAGCUGUGUUUCCAGCACUGAGUGAAAAUGAUAUUUCAACUUUAGUGAGCAGUAAAGAAAACAUAAUUAAAACAAGAAUAUUAACAUUUAAGGAAGAAGAAGUUGAUAUUUAUUCUAUAAAUAAAAUUCCUAUGUUCAUUGAAGACAUAAGUAACAAUAUUAAAUUGCCUACAGUUUUUAUGGUAUGGAAGUUUCCAAAUAUGCUUCCAGUACUCACUACUAGUUCAGCUGUACUUGAUAAAUUAAAAAAUGGUGCUGAUCUUUUUUUUCCUGGCAUAUAUUUAGAAAGCAUAUCUAAUGAUACACUUAAUUUUAAAAAGCAAAAUCCUAUUGCUGUAAACUUAGUCGAUAAUAAAGCAGUAAUGGCUGUAGGUCUUUCAUUAGUCAAUAAAGAUGAUAUCUUGGAUCCCAUCAAAAAUAAGGAAAUUGGAAAAUUAGUAAAAAUUUAUCACAUUGCUGGUGAUUAUUUAUUUAAAACAAAUUCUGAUUCUGUCACAUUGCAGUUGGGUCCCCCAGAAUGGACAUGUACAUUAAAAGAAGAGUCACAAAGUGAAGAUUUAACAAAAGACUCAAGUGUUGAGGAAAAAAGUGUUGAUAUUUUGAAUACCGAUCUUGAAAAUUGUAAACUGGAUCAACAAAAGAAUUUAGAUAAUGAAGUGAAUAAGGAUAGCCAAGAGCAAGAUGAAAGAAAUUCAUCAGAUGAAGUGCUAGAAUAUUGUUUUUUUAAAGCCCUUAAAACUAUACCCAAAGAUUCUUAUCCUAUAUUACCGGCUACCUUUUAUGCUAAAUACAUUUUAACCAACAUACCCGAUGGAAAAACGUUAAAUUUAAAAAAAACAAAAUGGAAAAAAUUUUCUACUUUUCUUCAAGAAAAAAGUCUUGAAGGCUUAAUAACAUUACAACAAGUGCCAAAAAAUGACAUUACUAUAGCUGGAGCUAAUACCAAUCAUAAAAGAGUUAAAGAAUUUGUCGACCCGUACAAUGUUGUUUCUGUUACAGUGGUUCCUCGAGGUGACAAUAAAACAGUAGUACAACAAGUUUAUUCAGUGUCAGCAUGUACUCUCCCAUUUUUUGUAAAAUUUGGUUUAAAAAAAAAUGAUGAACUAACCCGGAAUGAUGUUCGAAAUCAUUUAAAUGAUUACAUCAGAAAUGAAAAUUUGGCAGAUCCCAACAAACCUGAUUUUGUAAUUUUAGAUCCUAUCCUUCAUCAUAUUCUUAACAACGGAGAUGUAAUGAGCAGAGGUAACCUUUUAUCAAAUUUUUUACAAAAAAUGGGAGUGCAACACAAGGUAUCCAAUUGUAGUAAUGGCGAAACAAUUGUUCACAAGGGUAAAAUGCCCUACGUCGAAUUCGAAAUAUGUUCGAGAGUGGGUAAUAAAAAAGUAACUCUUAUCAGCAACUUGGAAAGUUACGGGGUAAAUAUAAACUUAUUUGCUAAAGAAUUACAACACAAAGCUGCUGCAAGUACGACAAUAACUACAUCAGUACCUGGAAAAAAAGGAUCACAAGUCCAAGUUCAAGGAAAUCAAAUUGCUGUGGCUUUUGGAAUUCUCAAAGAAAAAUAUAACUUGACGGAAAAAUGUGUCAAAGGUUUAGAAAAAGCCUUAAAAAAAGAAAAAGGAAAAUCAAAAUAA